GGUGGCGCCGGCGCAAGUUUUCAGGUGCUGGUCCCAGAUCGGGACCGCUCCUCCUGUGGCCCUACCACCGCUGCAGCGGCCCAAGGCGCGGUGUCCCCGCAUGGGCCCGCCAGGAGAGUGACAGACCCGCGCCCCCCCCCCGGGCCAGCCAGCCGCGGGAGGCCGCAGGGGGCGGGGCUCUUGACAUCCUGCCGCCAGGGGCUGCCAGGGGUGCUCCUGGCCCUGGCCCGCCAAGCCAGAAGUCGAUGCUUCGCAGGCUCCUCUUCCUCUCCACGGCGCCUGCCCCGGGCAAGGGGCACUCUUGGCAGCGCCCAGCCCAGCCGGGCUGGGGGCGCGCGCGCCGGCCGCCGCCGACCGCGGAGAGGGGGGGCGUCGAUCGGCACGGCGGCGGCGCGCAGGGGGGCUGA